AACAGGUUCAUGUUCCUGUAUGAAUACCAAAAAGAGGAAAAGCACCAUAUCUGAUGCGCAUUGCACUGAUUUAUAUCGGUCACAACACUUGCAUUUUCUCCCUUCCUCGUUCGACGUCAAGCUCAUUCAACUCCUCCCCUUCAUCCUCACUGACUGAUUCAAUCUUGAACAGUAUACUCACAGUAUACUCCUAACAAUAAAGAAAUUUCUUGCCUCCUGAUAUUCACCUCAUCGCUCCAUCUCCUCCAGAACAAUGCGUGAGUGCAUCUCCAUCCACGUUGGUCAAGCUGGAGUCCAGAUUGGCAAUGCCUGCUGGGAACUCUAUUGUCUUGAGCAUGGCAUCCAGCCGGACGGGCAGAUGCCCAGCGACAAGACCAUUGGAGGAGGUGAUGACUCCUUCAACACCUUCUUCAGUGAGACUGGAGCUGGAAAACACGUCCCCAGGGCUGUGUUUGUAGACCUGGAGCCCACUGUCAUUGAUGAGGUGCGCACUGGGACAUACCGUCAGCUGUUCCACCCUGAGCAGCUCAUCACAGGAAAGGAAGAUGCUGCCAAUAACUACGCUCGUGGACACUACACUAUUGGAAAAGAAAUCAUUGACCUGGUGCUGGACAGGAUUCGCAAACUGGCUGACCAGUGCACAGGCCUCCAGGGUUUCCUGGUGUUCCACAGCUUUGGUGGUGGAACCGGUUCUGGCUUCACCUCUCUGCUGAUGGAGCGUCUGUCUGUGGACUAUGGCAAGAAGUCCAAGCUGGAGUUCUCCAUCUACCCUGCUCCUCAGGUCUCCACCGCUGUGGUAGAGCCUUACAACUCCAUCCUGACCACCCACACCACCCUAGAGCACUCUGACUGUGCCUUCAUGGUAGACAAUGAGGCCAUUUAUGAUAUCUGCCGUAGGAACCUCGACAUUGAGCGUCCUACUUACACCAACCUCAACAGGCUGAUCAGUCAGAUUGUAUCCUCCAUCACAGCCUCCCUCAGGUUUGAUGGCGCCCUCAAUGUCGAUCUCACCGAGUUCCAGACCAACUUGGUGCCCUAUCCUCGUAUCCACUUCCCACUGGCUACCUAUGCCCCAGUGAUCUCUGCAGAGAAGGCUUACCAUGAGCAGCUCUCUGUGGCUGAGAUCACUAAUGCUUGCUUCGAGCCAGCCAAUCAGAUGGUGAAAUGUGACCCACGUCACGGCAAGUACAUGGCUUGCUGCCUGCUGUACCGUGGUGACGUGGUGCCCAAAGAUGUGAACGCUGCAAUUGCCACCAUCAAGACCAAGCGCACCAUCCAGUUUGUGGACUGGUGUCCCACUGGUUUCAAGGUCGGUAUCAACUACCAGCCUCCCACUGUGGUUCCAGGUGGUGAUCUGGCUAAAGUGCAGAGGGCCGUGUGCAUGCUGAGCAACACCACAGCUAUUGCUGAGGCCUGGGCUCGUCUCGAUCAUAAGUUCGAUCUGAUGUACGCCAAGCGUGCCUUUGUGCACUGGUAUGUGGGUGAGGGUAUGGAGGAGGGUGAGUUCUCAGAGGCCAGAGAGGACAUGGCUGCCCUGGAGAAAGAUUACGAGGAAGUCGGUGUCGACUCCAUCGAGGGUGAAGGAGAGGAAGAGGGCGAGGAAUAUUAAAAUGUUCACGAAUGUCUAAAAUUGAAAACAGUAGACCGUUAAUUUACAAACGAUAUACAUGAGGUAUCAAGUGUAAAGUCUACUCCUAAAUGUUAGGGACACAUUCUUGAUCAGUUGAUGUAUUGUUAUGGCCAGUAUGACUUUUAUUUGUGGAAUUUGCUUGCCAAAUUUUGACUGAAUAAAUUGAUGGUGAUGUUCAAAAA